ACGAAAUAAGAAACGUGAUAUCAAGUAAUAAAUUUUGCGUCUAAAACAUUCCUUUCUACCAAAGUACACUGCUUAUGCUUCCUGCAAUGUGCUUCAGGUAAGGGUUUUCAUCUGAUAUAUUGAAAUUUGAUCAUGUAAAGAAUAUAUAAUAUCUUAAAUAUUAAAUAUGGUUCCAGAAAAGUGGUUGUUGAGUCACCAAUUUCUUUUAUGCAAGUUUUCCACUUUCAGAAAAGGGAUUGUGCUGCCUCAGUAUCCUCCUAUUCAUUUAUGUCCUUGAACAUUGCUGGCUUCAGACCAAUGUUUAGUUGAAAACUUCUAAUCUAGGCUGACAAUUAAAACCAUUUUUCUAAAUUGACUUCACAUUCCAUUUCGUACUGGGCCAUUCUUUCCACAACAUUCCCCAAAUCAAUUAUUAUAAUCCCAAUUAUGAACUCCCCCACAUGUAAGCAUUUUUUUUCAUGAGAUUAUCCAAUUCUCAUCUAAAUAUUAAUUCAACUUGUAUAGAUUGCCUACAUAUGGUCCAUGGGUAUCAUGCAACAUACAACCGGUGUGUACAUGGACACAAUUAACCCUGAUGCAUAGACUAAUACAUCAUGUUACAUAGAUGAAUAUAUGAGAGCUUAUAAGGCCACUAACAGUUUGGUGUCAGUCCUGCAUUCUCAUUUUUUUGAGGAAUUCUACAGUACUCUAAUUUCAUAUGAUGGGGCCAAACUACCUUUUUGGCAUUCUAUAAAUCUACCCCUUCCCACUAGUUUCCUUCGCCUUCAACUACCAGCAAGACUUCUUUCUGAGAUCUCCCAUAAACUUGUUCCACAACCUCAUCUCAGAAAAUCCGCCUAGUUCCAUUGAAGCAAUGCAACCCAAUGAGAUUGCUGAGCUUCAUUUGUUAUUUCCUUCAAACUCAGCACAAUAUCCUCCCAAUUUUGGCUCAACCAGUAACUACCCACCAGCUUAUCAGUUUAGCAGGUUCCCCAACCCUUUAUAUAACCUCCAUGCCACACCCCAACUUCAAGAAUUCAAUCCUCAGACAACAUGUUUCAGCAGUAAUUCGACGUCUGAUGAAGCAGAUGAGCAACAACUAAGCAUAAUAAACGAGAGGAAGCAAAGAAGAAUGAUUUCAAACAGAGAAUCUGCAAGACGAUCACGCAUGCGCAAACAGAAACACUUGGAUGAGCUUUGGACACAAGUAGUCUGGCUCCGUAACGAGAAUCACCAGCUCAUAGACAAACUGAACCAUGUAUCAGAGCGUCAUGACCAAGUACUCCAGGAAAAUACUCAACUCAAAGAAGAAGCUUCAGAGCUUCGUCAAAUGCUUACUGACAUGCAGCUGAACAGUCCUUAUCCUAGCUUACGAGAGCUUGAUGACGAUCCCAGCAGUGAAUUGGCUUAAGCAUGAAUAAGUACUCAACUUUCUUCUUGCGUUUCCUGUUUUGUUGCUGAGAGAGAUGCUAUUAUUUCGUCUUAUCUUAAUCCCUUUAACCCAUUGGCGUUGUCUCGAUCAAUAUGAAACAAAAUCCAGUUAUUAUUCGUAUCGUAUGAGAUAACAGUUAUGCUGCAAUAAAAUCUAAUUUAAUAAAUCCAA